CCAGCUUUUGGUUUGGCAGCACGCAGCGUUCGAGCGCGCCGCUUGAUACCGCGGCUCGUAGAGAAGCUCUCGACACGCCGUUGAUCGGUGCGGGCGAACGAAACGACGCGUAACGCCAGCCGCCGCGGCAGGUUUGCAGCUUUGCCUUUGCAGCCUGUGGCGCACCAAUUGCUUCCGCGGGCGAACGAGGCGGCCAGCCGAACAAACGAAAAUGACGACGACGCGCCAGUUCCGCUGCGAGGACCUAUUUCGGUUCAACAACGUCAAUCUCGACCCGCUGACCGAGACGUACCAGAUGUCGUUCUACCUGCAAUACCUAAGCACAUGGCCGGACUUCUUCCAGGCCGAGGCGCACCCGUCGGGCAACCUGAUGGGCUACGUCAUGGGUAAGGCGGAAGGUGAGGGCGAGCUCUGGCACGGCCACGUCACGGCCGUGACGGUGGCGCCCGAGUUUCGGAGGAGAGGUUUAGGAAGAAAACUGAUGAACUCGCUCGAGGCGACGUCGGAGCACGUGUUCGACGCCUACUUCGUCGACUUGUUCGUGCGCGUCUCGAACUCGCUGGCCAUAGGCAUGUACGAGGCGUUCGGCUACUCGGUCUAUCGGCGGGUUUUAGGUUAUUAUAGCGGCACGGAGGACGCCUUCGACAUGCGGAAAGCGUUGCCACGAGAUAAGGAGAAGAAGUCGGUGGUGCCGCUGCAGCAUCCUGUUUUGCCGGAGGAUUUGGAGUGGUGAUGGUUGGUGUCGCGCGCCCGGGUCUUAAUUCUUGUGCUACUAGUA